AAAAAUCGGAUCAUCUUUGAAUAUGUCACUGUGUGGCUCAGUUCUUUGUAUAAAAUGUUCGUUAGUAUUCGACGAGAAAACUAGACGACCAUGUACGGGUACUUGCAAUCAUUCAAUUUGUGAACAAUGUUUCGAUCAAAAACAUUCCCCUUCAUGCCCAAUUUGCAACAACAUAGACUCAUUCCAAACUAAGAAUAUCAAUUGGAAGGCGGUCGAAAUUAUGGAGGAGUUGUCGAAAAACAAGGAUUAUUUGAGCAUUGAUAAUUUCAAGUACAACCCAGAUGCUCUCUGCGCUGGAACAUGCUCGGAAUGCAAAACUCACACUGACAAACUUCGAAUUUGUGUUGACUGUUUGACACGGUCAGGACACGUAGCGAAAACUGAAAAUGGCAACUUUGAAAUGUCUCAAGACUCGUCGACUGACUAUCCGGAUAGCUCGGCGUUGCAAGUAUUAAGCACCGGAAUGUGUGCGGAUUGUUGUAUUGAUGGGGCUCAUAAGGAACAUGAAAUCACCCCGAUAAAGCAAUUUGUUUCAUUAUUGAGACGGUUUGAGAACUUAAACACAUUGUCAGCCAUCUCCCUUGACUUGCUGACUCCAUACAAUGAUCUUGAAGACAAAUCAGACCUAGAAGUUAUGAAUCUGUAUUUGAAACUGGUUGAAAAAAUAGUUUUCAAAUUUCAAGAAUGGAUUGACAACGCUUUUCAAGGAUCAGUACAAACUGAUGCAACGAGAGUUGCAAUGAAGCGAUCAACGGAAAGACUUCAUUACUUUGUUCAAAAAUGCAACCCAGUAAUAAUUCAAUGUGUAUCCGAAAUUCUAGAAUCUGCUAGUGAAAAAGAUCAAAAGGAGUGGCAGGAAAUCAAUCAGAAACUCGAAGAAUACCAGAAUACUGUAUCUUCAGCAGAUAAGUAUACUGAACUAGGUGCCAGAGAUUUCCAACUUAUUGACACGGUGUUGGAGUGUUUCAAUGAAGAUGAUGAAGAUAGCGAUGUAAUAGAAGAUGAUAUGGAACUCGAUUGAAGAACUUAAUAAUUAAGCUUUCCUCGAGUAAUUAUGUUUUCUUAACAUGUAUUUAUGUAGUUUCAUAAGAUAUACCAAGAUAUACACUAUGGGUGCUUUUCCUUUUCUACCCCGCAUUUUUUCUGGAACAUUUUCUUUGAUUUUUUUUUUUUCAAAAACGUGAACUUUUUCUGUAUUAGUAACUUUGUUUUCUAAUGUAAGCCUAAAAA